AUGGAAGACGCAGAAUCCACAACCAGGGCAGCCACCAAAAUCACCAAGAAAACCUUCCUGGAGGCUCUGAAGACCAAUGACUUCGGAAAGCUGAAGGCUCUUUUAGUCCAAAGGAAAAUUGAUGUGGACACAGUGUUUGAAGUGGAGGAUGAGAACAUGGUCUUGGCAUCUUACAAACAAGGGUACUGGCUUCCUAACUACAAACUGAAGUAUUCUUGGGCCACGGGCCUGCAUUUGUCUGUUCUGUUUGGCCACAUCGAGAGCCUCUUGGUGUUGCUGGACCAUCACGCUACCAUCAACUGUCGACCCAAUGGGAAGACGCCCCUCCACUUGGCUUGUGAAGUGGCCAAUGUCGAGUGUGUCAAGAUCCUCUGUGACCACGGGGCAAAGCUCAAUGCCUACUCCUUGAGUGGACACACACCUUUACACAUGUGUACCAAGGAAAACUCCAUAGUUUGUGCCAAGCAACUGGUGUGGAGAGGUGCUAAUGUGAACAUGAAGACUAACAACGCCGACGAGGAGACGCCCCUGCACGCGGCAGUGCGUGGCGGUCUGCCCGAGCUAGCGGCCUUCUACGUGGAGCACGGCGCCCUGGUGGACAGUGUCAACGCGCACCUGGAGACUCCGCUGGCGCUGGCUGCCUACUGGGCGCUACGAUUCAAGGAGCAGGUGUACAGCGCCCAGCACCACCUCGUCUGCCGCCUGCUGCUGGCGUCCAAGGCCCAGGUCAAUGCCCGGGACGAAGACUUCAAGGCACCGCUGCACAAGGCUGCCUGGAACUGCGACGAGGAUGCCAUGCGGCUGCUGCUGGAGGCAGGCGCCGAGGCCAACCUGCUGGACGUCAACGGCUGCGCUGCCAUCCAGUACGUGCUCAAGGUGACCCCGGUGCGCCCGACAGCCCGACCUGCUCGCUGCUACCAGCUUCUGCUCAACCAUGGGGCCGCGCGAAUCUACCCGCCCCAGUUCCACAAGGUGUUGGAGUCUUGCCACGCCUGCCCUCUAGCGGUGGAGGUGGUUGUCAAUGCCUAUGAACAUAUUGUGUGGACGCCCAAGUGGAAGAAGGCGAUUCCAGAGGACAGCCUGGAGAGGCACUGGGACUUCUACCACUCUCUCUUCAGCAUCUGCAGCAACACCCCAAGGUCCCUCAUGCACCUGGCCAGGUGCUCCGUGCGGAGGAUCCUGCUCAGCAGAUGCCACAAGGUCAUCCCGCUGCUGCCUUUGCCUUUGUCUUUGAAGAACUACCUGCUUCUUGAGCCUGAAGGGGUCAUCUAUUGAGCCCCCCUGGCCAGCUCCUGAGCCUGGGGUAUGCAGGAGGCCAAGACCGACGGGGCGAGGCCGGCAGUCCUCUGGAAGGAGGGCUGGCUGCAUGCUCCUGCUCAGCCCGGAGCAGCAUGGAAGCAGGCCAGGAAGCCAGUGUGGCUCCCUACAGUGAGAGCCACCCCAAAGUGCGAGGGGCUGCCUUGGGAGGUCCUGGAACAGGCUGGACAACCAAGUGCUGGCUGGGCGCCUCCUAGGGAAGACUCCUCUCCCAUACAGAUCGGGUUGGGGCUGCUGACGUCCCUACCAGGUUCUGGGAUUCUGUCUCUGCACGCAAUGGUUUGAAUAAACGCCGUGCUCCUCAUUCUGAGUGGAAUGAACACCGCACUUCAGGGCUUUCAAAGCA